CGUGCACAGCCUGGAAAAUGGCGGCUCAGCCGCAGAGGCGUUGCUUGCUUUUUACGGCGCAGUCCGGGGGCAACUUUCGCGAUGCUGCCAAGGAGACGAUUGGCGAGCCAUGCCUGACGACCUCCAUGGAGUGGGACACGCAGGUGGUGGAGGGGUCCUCGCCGAUCGGCCCCACGGGGCUGAGGCCGGGCGAGCAACCCAUCGGCCCGAGACUGCCGUCGUGGCUGCAGCCCGAGAGGUGCGCCGUGUUCCAGUGCGCGCAGUGCCGCGCCGUAAUCGGCGACUCGGUGCACCUCUCUUGGAACCUGUCGCGGACCCUCGGGGCCGUGGUCUUCUCCAAAGUCACAAAAAACGUCGUAUUGGAAGACCCUUUUCUGGUUGGCAUCGAGGGUUUGCUUAAGUGCAGCACUUAUAACCGGUUAUUCUGCAGUUCCUGUGGGAUUCUCAUUGGUUUCCAUUUGUAUUCCACACAUGCUGCUUUGGCUGCCCUGAGAGGUCAUUUCUGUCUUUACAGUGAUAAGAUGAGUUGCUAUCUCCUAAAAACAAAAGCUGUAGUACAUGCAUCAGAGAUGGAUAUUCAUGGUGCGCCUCUACUAGAAAAGAUUACAGAGCUGAAAGAGAAGAUGAUGCUAAUGCACUCUCGCUUAGAUACAGUAAUGCAGUCUCUGAGGGAAGGAACGCCCGACCAGUCCAAGCCAGAAAACUGACUCAGAACCCAGACCUGAGUAUAGGCUUCAGGCCUUUCUGCUACUGUCAGCCAUGGAGCUGUUGGAUCUUUUUUUUCUUGAAACAGGUCUUACUCUAACCCAGGCUGGUCUUGAACUCUCAAUCCUCUUGCCUCACCUCCCAGUUGCCAGAAUUACAGGCAUGUGCCACCAUGCCU